CGACGUGACAUUGACAUUUUGUAAAUAAAAAAAAUUCCACUAAAACAAACAACGCUGAUAAAAAAAUUAACCUAGCUAAAUAGCAGGCAGAAACCGGUUGAGAAUGAUUAUUGAUAUAGGUUUUUCCCGUUUCACGGUUUGCUUCGAGUUCAACCUUGCUAUGCGCUAAGUUUACGUCGCAUGCUCGCACUUCCAACGUCACAGUCUCAUUUGCGAUAUCAAUAAAAUGUUACGUGAACCAGUCGGUUAAUUAAUUAAUAAUCGUUUUGUAAGGACAAGGACAAUUGUGUUAUUUGUAAGAAGUGUAGAAAAUAAAAAUGCGGUGUGUAAUCGUGUUCUGUGCGCUUCUGUUGUCGUGCGACGCUCAACUCGCCGAAGUGAAGCCAGAGUUAAACGUAACUCUUCACAAGGGUUUGUCGGAAAGAAUUGGAAAUUUUUCCAUCGAACUGCUGUAUCAUACAACGCUAGCGCAGGAUAAGGUAUCCAACUUGAUUAUAUCGCCCAUCACGGUAUGGACUGUUCUAGCGGUUUUAGCAGAAGGUGCUUCUGAUUCAACACUCACGCAGAUCACUACAGCGCUCCGCAUAACGCCCGCCCUGAAAGAAGCUGCUCGGCGAGAAUACCAGGAGAUAUACAAAUGGUUGCAGGUUAAGACAAACACUGUUGAGCUUCAAAGACUGAAUGCAAUGUUUAUGGAUGUCAGCAAUGACCUGCAAAAAGAUUUUGUUGAUGUAGCCAAAGAGUAUGACACUCACGUGAUACCCGCAAACUUCUCUGAUAGCAAUACAACUACUGCGGCUAUCAACAGUCUUGUUUCCAGUGUGACACAUGGCCGUAUCCCCAUGCUGGUUGACAGCAGUAGCAUUGAGAAUUCUAAGCUAGUAUUAACAAGUGUCUUGUACUUUAAAGGACAAUGGACUGCACCAUUCAACGCAUCUUACACAACAAAACAGCCUUUCUAUGACAGCAGUGGAAAUCAAAUUGGUGAAGUGAACAUGAUGUACAGGCGCCACAAUUAUCCAUUUGCUAAUAUAAAAACACUGCAAGCUAAGGUUCUUGAGAUACCAUAUGGAAAAGACAACCGUCUGUCCAUGCUGAUAAUGCUGCCAAACCCUGGAGUAUCAUUGAACAACAUGUUUUAUAAUUUUGGUAAUGAAUCAUUGGACACCAUCUUUAAUGAAUUGAAAAUUUCAGCAGAGCAAUACAGCGAUGAUGAAGUUGAUUGUUUACUCCCACGAUUCAAAAUUGAAACUAGUCUAGAAUUAACUGAUGCACUUAAAAAGAUGGGAAUAAUUGAUUUAUUUGAUGAACGGAAGGCGAGGCUGCCUUUAAUGGCUUAUCUGCCAACACAUGUAUCUCGUAUAAUACACAAAGCUGAAAUAGAGGUGACAGAGGAGGGCACUGUAGCUUCAGCAGCAACGGCUGCAUUUCUCGGAAACCGUAUUGGUGCCCUAAAGUUUGAGGCGAACAAGCCAUUCUGCUAUUUAAUUGUUGAAAAAGUAACAAACUCCAUAACAUUUGGUGGUUUUUACCAUACACCCUCUUUAUUUUAAAUGAAUAUUUAAGUUAUCAAAACAUAUCUGUGACAAAUUAUUGUGAUAAAAUCCAUGACAAUUAUUUUUAUACUGUAUUCAAAGUAUCCCAAAAAUAUUUUGAAAUAACAAUUAAUCUGACAAUACAUUCAAUACUCCUGUAGUUAAGUGAUUGAUAUUUUUGUAUUUCAUCAUAUUGUAUUAGAUCUGAAUAAAGUAGUAAUUUUUUAGUAA